UCCAAGUUUGACUGAUAGACAGAUAGACCUAUUUAACCUCAGUAACUGCUGAAGAUGCCUUUUAAAAUUUCAGCCCAUUGGAAAAGCAGUUCAGACAGCACCUCCGAUAAAUGUCUAAACUCUUGAGCAAAAGAAUGUAUAUUGAUUGCACACGUUUCAUCAAAAUUAGACAAGCGGCUCUGCGCAGAUGCGUCUGUCUUUAUGCGCAAACUGGUUGAAACUAAAGGGAGGACAUUAAGCGUGUGCGACCAUUUUCUUUCUCUGUAUGCAGUGUGCGACUGCUAUGCCACCAUUGAAACAGACUAAUUGAUGGUUGACGCACAACCGGUACGCUUCCUGGUGGUGUGUUGUUUAUCAGAAAAGAGCCGGCCAUUUUACUAUUCUUUCUUGGUUUUUUUUCAUUUUUUUUAAACGCGUAGGGUGUUGUAAAUUAGUACUACUAGUUUGAGGAACAUAGGAAAGCACAAUUCUGUUAUGAAGGGUCGCAUAAGAAGGCUGGAAUAGAAGAAACGACUGGAGUUUUCAGCAUUUUUAUUUGAUGUUUUCACAGUUAACCACUUACCAUUUUACAGUUUAAGAAAACCUUUCAUCAUGGAGACCUAAACAUCAUAAAAAGGGGUGCCGGGGUUCAGGGAGAGAGUUCUGAAUUAAUAUGGCAUCUUAACAAAGGUGCUGGGCAAGGGGAAACCAGUGUUUUUGUUUGCUACACCAUCAAACCAUUAGUCUAAUGUUAAGUCAUCCGCGUGAAUGUAGUUCUUUCUUAAAAAUGGAUAACACUCACAUUACACAAAUAAAUAUGAAGGAGAUCGCUAAAAGCAGGAGCUAUUUAUUUAAACCUUGCAACUUAAAAUCAAGCAUCAAUUUUUGGUCAUCAAACGAACCAGGUUGACCACAGAAGGGACUGCUAUUGGUGAUUUUUUUGGUUUAUAUUCAUGUUUAGUUUGCAGGCUUUAGUUCAGUACAACAGAACAUGACUUGUUUCAUUGGUUGCUGUAGGUAGCAUGGCUGGCCUGGCAAGCCCAAAGUCUCGCCAGUGCUCGCCAACAUGCAGUGUUUUAGGAGCUUUAUUAUUUUUUAAAAUAAAGAGAAUAAGUAUAUUUAUUAACAUCCAUGCCUUUGUCAAUCGCGCAUCUAUGCGUUAAAACAGACAGCUGUUGUUUUGUUUUACUUUUUUUUUUUUACUUCUAAUGGUGAAAAACAUACAGUUUGGAUUGUUUCUGCUCCUGGAACCAUAGUCAUAUGAAGAUCAUAACUUGCGACGUCUCAUUUGUUUGCAACUACUAAUGCUCUUUUUUGACAUACUUUUGUUUAACCAUCCAAUAUAUACUAAACUCAAAAGCGUGUACUGGGGUUUCUAAUCACCCCACUACAUUCAUGCUAUUAUUAUAGUCUUUGUCUCUAGGUUUCCCUGUAAUUCAGAACUCUCUCCCUGAAAUGGGCACCCCUUUUUUACCUUCUCAAAAUGGAGAUACUAAAAAGCAACACCUUUUUUAUGAACUUAAUGCGCAACAAUGCCCCAGUGGACCUGCGCUAUGACUAUUCCUCUGAACUCUUUCGUAUGUCUACCUUCGCCAAAUUCCCUGCCAGCGGUGCAGUGUUGGAGAGGAGUCUUGCGAGAGCUGGCUUUUAUUACACUGGGGUGGGCGACCGUGUUCAGUGCUUCCGCUGCAAAGUGACGGUGGAGAACUGGCAGGCAGGAGAAUGUCCUGCCGAAAGGCAUAAGCGCCAGUCUCCCGACUGCCCUUUUGUUCAGGGGCUCGCCUCCAGCUCCAGCCUCCUGUCUUCCUCGCACUCCGCUUUCUCCCCUCCUCUUCAGAGCAUCCUGCUGUCACAGAUCUCGAACUCCACUUCCCCGCCACUAGUUGAGCAGCAGGUGGGCUAUUUCAGUAACCGCUUCAGCAGCAUUCCUCCCAGCCCCUUGUCCUCCCGGAGCACGGAGGAUGUGUCUCAACAACGUCCAGCUACCUCUCAGCACCCCAGGAUGCGCCGUGAGCAAGAUCGUCUGGACACCUUCCAGAACUGGCCCCUGGCUAAUAUCACUCCCUCGGAGCUGGCCAAGGCAGGAUUCUUCUACUUGGGACAGGGUGAUAGGGUGGCGUGCUUCUCUUGCGGUGGAAAUCUAAGCAACUGGGAGCCAGGAGACAGGGCCGUGUCGGAGCACCAGAGGCACUACCCCUCCUGCCGCUUUGUGAGGGGUGACGGAACAGAUAAUAUUCCCCUUCCGGCGUCCAUCACGUCCCUCAACGUGUCCAAUCCUGCCAUGCAGCUGUGCGAGGAAAGACUGCUCACAUUUGUCAGCUGGCCGACAAGGAUUCCUGUGCGACCCGAUCAGCUGGCCAAAGCUGGUUUUUAUUAUGUGGGUCGAAAUGAUGAUGUAAAGUGCUUCUGCUGCGACGGUGGAUUGAGGUGCUGGGAGUCGGGUGACGACCCAUGGGUGGAGCAUGCUAAAUGGUUUCCAAGAUGUGAGUAUCUUCUGCAGGAAAAGGGUCAAGAUUUCGUCCAUCAGAUUCAGGCCAGGUUCCCACGUCUCUUUGAGCAGUUGUUGGCAAAUGGGGACCACAGUUCUCGUGAAUUUUCUGAUCCAACAGUGGUUCACCUUGGGGUUGGAGAGGAGAGGUCUGAGGAUGCAGUCAUGAUGAACACCCCAGUGGUGAAGGCAGCCCUGGAUAUUGGGUUUGACCGAAAUCUUGUGAAGCAAACGGUCCAGAGCAAAAUAUUGAGCACGGGCGAAAACUACAAAACAGUCCAGGAACUCGUAACUGAUCUCCUCAACGCUGAAGACGAGAAAAGAGAAGAAGAAAAAGAGAGAAUUGCAGAGGAAAUGGCUUCAGAUGGCUUUACCUUUCUAAAGAGGCAUCGUCUUGUCCUGAUUCAGCGACUGAAAAGUGUGAAAAGUUUGAUGGAUCAUUUACGAGAACAGUCUGAAAUAACCCAAAAAGAAUAUGACAUGAUCAUCAGCAACUCGUCAGUGAAACAGCAGACUGCUCAGCUCCUGGACGUAGUCCUUUCUAAAGGGAAUGCUCCAGCUGAAGUAUUUAAAAACUGGAUUCAAAAGAAUGACAUCUACUUAUUAAGAGACUUAAUGGCACAACCAAAUGAAGAAUCUCCCAGUCAAGAUCUGUCAGACAUGACCAUGGAAGAACAGCUGCGAAGGUUGCAAGAGGAACGCACCUGCAAAGUGUGCAUGGACAAGGAGGUCAACAUUGUAUUCAUCCCCUGUGGGCACUUGGUAGUGUGCAAAGAAUGUGCCCCUUCCCUGCGCAAGUGUCCUAUCUGCAGAGGCAUGGUGAAGGGCACUGUGCGCACAUUCCUGUCCUAGUCAGUUUUAAAGCAUGAGAGCAGUGCUUCUGGCUAACGCAGAGAAUGUAGUUUAUGAAUACACAGCCCUCUGUAGUUUGUAUUGUGAUUCACCUCGGCCAGAUAGAAGUGUGAUUGGAAGAUGUUGUUCUAACAACGGGUAUAACCUUUUAUUGUGCAGAACUGCAGACGUUUUUGGGGGUGGGGGAUUAAAACAAUAAGACCGUGUAAUGCUGGUAUGCUAAUGAGCAGAAACAAAAGGGAUUUUAGAGCCUUUGCUGUGACACUAUCUGCCAAACAAGUAGUCCAUUAUACAUGUCGUAGGUGGGGGGGAAAUCAUUAAGCCUCUAUAAAUUAAGAAUGCAUUUUCUAUGACAGUGGGCCAGAAGAAGGUUGCACAAAACAUGACGUAGCCAGGGGGCUGUUCACAUUAUUAUUUAUUUCUUAGCAGACGCCCUUAUCCAGGGCGACAGAACAAUUCUACAGUUGUUCUGUAGAAUUGCAAUUCGUCUUAAUUCGUCUGGUAAAUAAUACAGGCUACUGUAUGCUGAAACGUGCAGAUGUUUUAUAUAGGUAGAAAUUAAAAAUCUAGCUUUACCUUCAUAUAGAUGCAUGCAAUUUUUGAACAGAUCUGUAUAGGCUAUUUCAAAUUUCCAUAUGCAAAUAUGGUGUGCAUCAUAUAUUUACAAGGAACUAGGUUUAGCAUUUAUUUAAAGAAUAACCAUGAGUCUGCAAGAUGCACAGUUAAUGUCUUAAGUAACAUGAAUACCAAGGUCUUACAGAAAAUGCGUAUUUGUUCUGAUCUACUUUGUCUGUUUUGCUGCCAUAUUUCCAGACAUUUAGGUCUUGUAUGUAUUAAAAAAGCACCGACCUCAGAAUAGGUAGUAACACAACAGAGUACUUUAAAAUCAGAGCUGUCCACACUCCAAGUCUGUCAGAUACACAGGAGCACAUCAUUGAGCUUAUCUGAGCACUUUUUAACUGGGUUUGGUACAGGUUUUAUUUCUGACUAUUGUUAGCCCUGGUAAUGUACAUGUCUGUACAGGUAAUUGGCUUCCUGGAAUAUGCUAUCACUAAUCUGUAGGUUUUGUGUUAUGCAAGUAUGGUGUGAUUUCAUGGAAAACUGAUUACAAGAGGUGCAUUUUGUUUAAUUGGUCUUGUUGUGUUGUGUGUUUUUUUUUUUUUUAAAUUAGUCAGUUUGCCUAACGAAUUUAAAUAUGCGUGUGUUUUUCAAGAUUUGAUUCCAUUUGUUGGUGGAAACAAGCACUGGAAAAAUUUGGUACAACAACACCAUGCUGUGGGGGUGGGGUUUAAGCAAGAUGUUGAUCUUUAGAAAGUAGGCUUUAGGAAAUUCCAAGCACCGCAAAAUUCUCACACAGCUCUAUAUGAUUAUUUAUUUAAAUAUAAAUAAAUCUCUGCUUUUGGUAAA